CACAGACUAUAUGACUUGCUCUAUGUGAUGAGCAUACUCUUUGAGGUUCAUGAAGUUACUGAUAACACAGAAAUUGUAGAAUGCAACACAUUGUUGUUAUUAUUAUUUUGAUUAUUUCUUCGUCUUAUUUCUAUGAUAUUACAUUAUUUUAAUUUACUGAAUUAUAAUUGUAGGUACACCCUACAGUAGAAAAUACGCUAUGACAUCACAACGCAUAUGAUGAAUCCUCUUAAAAAUUAACUCCAAUCAUCAAAUUCAUCAAUAAAAUGAUACUGAGAAUAAUUCAUUAUUUACUAAAAUUAUUUCUUUAAAAUUUUACCAGAAUCACCUCAAAUAUUUUAUUUUUUUAUCGAGGAAAAACCAAUUUUUUUAAAUAUUGAAAUAUUGUGUGUAAGAGAUAUCACUAACUCACUAUGAAAAUAUGCAGCAUUUAUUGUCAAUUACGAUUAUCACUUGAUAUGUUUUGUGUAUGGUUGUUUAUAAGGUUCUAGUUUUAUAUGAUUUUAUUGGAGAACCCGGGUCAUCAGAAUUAUCAGUAAUUGCUGGUGAAAUAUUGACAGUUACCAGAAAUGAUGUUGGUGAAGGAUGGUGGGAAGGGACGAAUAGCAAAGGUCAAACAGGUCUUUUUCCAGCUGCAUAUGUUGAAGAGUUGAAAACUAGUAAGCCUCCUGGAAUUCCUCCACCACCAUUACCUACCAGUUGGGAUGAUCAGCAAAAUGAGUACUAUGCACAAGUUCCUCAAACUGAAAAUGUUGAUUUUUAUGAUGAUGAAUGGGAAGAUGAAUCUGAAUGUGGAACAGUAUCAAAUUCAUAUCCACCCAUGGGAAAUAAUCAAACUAUUAGUUCUACACAAUCUAGACCAGAUAUGAGGAGUGUUGUUGCUGCUGGAAUGAAAAAAAAUGUGAAUCGUUUUUCAACAUUUUCCAAAUCUGGUGGGGAAAGUUAUAUUAUGGGUACAGUUACUAUUCCUGUACCUGAUAGUGAACGUGUUACUAUAAUUAAGUGUGAAAUUGGUGUUGAAUGGAAUGCCCCCAAUGAAUAUUAUCAAUGUAUAGUAGCAUCACCAAAAAAAGAAACUAAACUAAAAGGUCUUAAAAGUUUUAUUGCUUAUCAAAUUACUCCUACAUUUAAUAAUAUUCAAGUUUCAAGAAGAUAUAAACAUUUUGAUUGGCUUCACGAACGGCUUGAAGAAAAAUUUAGCUUAAUUCCAAUUCCGCCUUUACCAGACAAACAAAUUUCAGGAAGGUAUGAAGAAAACUUUAUAGAGCGUAGAAAAAACCAACUUCAAGCAUUUGUAGAUGCAGUAUGUCGUCAUCCAGUUCUUUCUCAAUGUUCUGUAUGGCAACAUUUUAUUACUUGCACUGAUGAAAAAAGAUGGAAACUGGGUAAAAGAAAAGCUGAAAAAUCAGAGCUAACAGGAGCUAAUUAUUUUUUUGCAAUUCAGGCUCCAGAAGAACCUUUAAAUCAAAUGUUACUAGAGCAUGAUACUGAAAGUUUUUCAAAAUUUAUCAAUGGUCUUGACAGUGCUGUAAAAAAUAUGUCUCUGGUAGUUAGUGAUCAGUCAAAAAAAAUGCAAACAUUUUAUAAACGUGAGUAUCAGAAAAUUGGACAGUCAUUUUAUGCUCUUGGUCAUGCUUAUGGAAAGGAAGAACAUAUUGGUUUUUCGAGAGCUAAUUUAACAAAUGCUUUGAAAAAAACUGGUGAUGUAUAUAAUGAAAUUGGUAAACUUAUAGAAGAACAACCAAAAUUAGAUUGGGAGCCGUUUGGUGACAUGUUGCAUAUCUAUAAAGGAAUAAUAACAUCAUUUCCUGAUAUUUUAACUGUACAUAAAGGUGCACUACAGAAACACAAAGAAUGUGAAAAACUUUAUGGAGAGAAUAAAAUGACUCAUCAAGAAGUUCAAAAUGUCAAAGAGAGAACUGAUGUUGUUUCCUAUGCAUUAUUAUCAGAAAUAAAUCAUUUUCAUUUGGAACAAAACAUACAGCUUAAUCAUCAUAUAAAAUUAUUCCUCAAGCAUCAAAUUGAUUUUUACCAUAAAAUAGCACAAAAUCUUGAAAACGUUUUACAAUUGUAUGAGUAAACUUUGUUGAUGAUUUCCAAAUAGUUAUAUGCAUUUUUAAUAACUAUAUAUUUAUUUAAUUUUUAUUUGUGAUAAACAAAAAUAUGAAAAUUCCAACAAGGAAAAUUUUCUUUUAAAUAAAUACUAACCUGUUAGUUUUAACACCAUUAAUAUAAGUUUUAUA